UUGCCCUUGCUCUUAUAGGUCGUCGGGGUUUAGCAAAUUCCCCUGGAUUUAAUUCAACUUGUUCGUUUCCUUCGAAAUCCACGACUUAGACUAAUAGCUGAGUAUGAAGCUCUUUUUCUACUGUCGUCUUGCUAUCCUCAUCGCCUCUGUGGCGAGUAGAAUUGCGCCUGGACCGGACCUACAUCAAGAUCUCACCAUUGUCAACUCAACCUCAACAUUCUUGACUGCCACCGUCAAUCCCGCAGAUCACGAUGCAAUAUGGCACAAGGCAUAUUGUCGUGGCGCCGCGCUUGUCAAAGCCAUGUCCCUCGACGAACAAGAUUCAACAGAGAUGCUGCAAUGGCCCUACACGCAGAGCCCAUGGGACGGCGACCUAAAGCCUGAACUAAGAAAAUGGGGAUAUUCCGACGACUCAUCUGGUCACGCGCUGGUCGACGCCUCAUGCGACUUCACGGACUAUUAUAUAGACGAUGCUUUCGUUGAUCUUGGUAUUGACCCACGUCCGGCAGGUCAGGGCGGACCGAACCACUGCUUUCUGUUCGAGCAUGGCUAUGGACCGACGGUUCUUCCGGACGAGCAUGGGGGACUGCCUCGGCUAUCCGAGCAGCGAUACGAGGCGGACGGAAAGAUCUACAAGUCCACGGGCGCCAGUUGUAAAUUUGGCAUAAACCGGAAAGACGGUAUUGUUUACUUCCUCGACCGCCAUUCGCCUGAGAAAUCGGCCCAAACGGUCUGGGGUCAGGAGCAAAUUAACAAAGACGACUUGCCGAAACUUCGCUCUAGCUCAGACCUAGCUUGGGGCGGGUGGAACAGGAUCGAAGGCGAACCAAAUAUCAAAAUGAUCAUGUCUCUAACGAUCAUGAACGACGAGACUAAGAAAGUCAUUAUACCAAGGGCUUUGAAAGCGAUGGGAAUAGACGAGGCAAAGAGUUGGCCUGGAACAGAUCUCAUUGUGGGAGCGGACGGAGAGGCUGAAGCUGAAGCUGCUCUUGCACUUAUUGGUUCGCCAAAUGGCUUAGGAGCCGGCUACUUUCUUCUCCAGCACAAGAGGCAACUUGGUGGCGCCAAUUUUAUCUGGAAAAUCACGAUCUUUAGGGGCGAUGAGCUUGAUCCUUACGAUUAUCCUAGUCUACUCUUCUACGUUGACAAGCACACGCCACCGAUGCCUGACUCGGACGACACUCCUGGCGCUCCGACGGAAGAGGCAAAAGUAGUGAGGAGGAGCAAAGAUGGGAAGAAUUUCAUUAGGACACAUAAGAUUUGGGCAAAGCUUUGACGCGAAAGCAUGGGUAAGAUGGUGGAAUGAUGUCGUUAGAUGCCUGUUUGACACCUCAUCUCAACGCCUUUUCCCCCUUCACUUAGAAUCAGUUCAAUCCCAAAUCCCGCAGUAACUGAACUCGAUUUUGGAG